CGAUAAAUUAGCAUAAUGCAAAAGCUGCAACUAACUUUAGCAAUAAUAAAACCCCACGCAGUUAAGAAUCCAGUUGCUGUUUCGUACAUAAGAAAUGUUUUGAAAAAUUCAUUCGUCGUAGUAAAAACCAAGAAUGUUACUUUAGACAAAGAAGCUGCGGGGAAAUUUUACAAGGAGCAUGUUGGGAAGUUCUUUUACAACCGCUUGGUUACCUUUAUGACCAGUGGCUCCAUAGACUUGCACAUAAUAGGUCAUGCGAACGCGGUAGAGUUAUGGCGGCGGAUGUUGGGCCCCACCAGCGUAUAUAAAGGUCAAUUUGAGGACCCAUAUUGUUUGCGGGGCAUCUUUGGCAUCUCUGACACAAGGAAUGUGGCUCAUGGUUCAGAUUCCUACACAUCAGCCGAGCGGGAGAUAAAAUUUUUCUUCCCCGAUUUCUCCUUUUAUCAUUGGCACAAUAGCGAUGAGGUCACAUACAGAAAAGGACCCAUAAUCUUCAACAACCACCUUUUUCAACAUGUUAGAAGAUUGUAGUCUGAUGUACAAACAACUAGAUACUAAAGUACCUGAGUUUAUGUUGCAAAAUAGUUAAUGUAUAUAUUUAAUUCAAUAGAAAUAUAAUUUCUAUCU